AGCAUUAUUCAAGAUUUAAAGAAAAACUUUGAAAUAGUGAAGUUGGUGACGGGAAGCUUAAUAUCUUGCCACCGUUUGGCUGCAUCUGUGGCAGGUCCAGGAGGGCUUGUUGGAGCAACAUUAGUGGAUGGCCGAUACACUUACCGGGAGUAUUUGGAGGCACAUCUAAAAUUUUUGGCAUUUUUUCUGCAAGAAGCCACCCUUUAUUUGGGCUGGAAUCGUGCCAGGGAGAUCUGGGAAUGCCUUGUAACUGGCCAGGAUGUUUGUGAGUUAGAUCGAGAGAUGUGCUUUGAGUGGUUUACAAAAGGACAGCAUGAUCUAGAGAGUGAUGUACAGCAACAGCUCUUCAAAGAGAAGAUUCUUAAACUGGAGUCAUAUGAAAUUACUAUGAAUGGUUUUAGUUUAUUUAAGACUUUCUUUGAAAAUGUGAACCUGUGUGACCAUCGACUAAAGAGGCAAGGAACUCAAUUGAGUGUAGAAAAACUGGAAUUAAUAGGAAUGGAUUUCAUUUGGAAGAUUGCAAUGGAGUCACCUGAUGAAGAAAUUGCCAAUGAAGCUAUUCAAUUGAUAAUAAAUUAUAGCUAUAUUAAUCUAACUCCUAGAUUGAAAAAGGAUUCAGUAUCACUACACAAGAAAUUCAUUGCUGAUUGCUACACACGAUUAGAGGCAGCCAGCUCUGCACUUGGUGGUCCAACGUUAACACAUGCUGUUACAAGAGCUACAAAAAUGCUUACAGCAACUGCUAUGCCUACAGUAGCAACAUCAGUUCAGUCUCCUUACAGGUCAACUAAACUUGUAAUAAUUGAGAGACUGCUGCUGUUGGCAGAGCGUUACGUGAUAACAAUAGAGGACCUUUAUUCUGUUCCCCGAACUAUUCUACCUCACGGUGCUUCUUUCCAUGGACAUCUUUUAACACUUAAUGUUACGUACGAGUCUACCAAAGAUACCUUCACCAUAGAGGCUCAUAGCAAUGAAACUGUAGGGAGCAUCAGGUGGAAGAUAGCAAAGAUGUUGAAUUCGCCUGUGGAUAAUAUACAGAUAUUUGCCAAUGACAGCCUGCUAACCGUAAACAAAGAUCAGAAGCUACUCCACCAACUGGGCUUCUCUGAUGAACAAGUCCUUACCGUAAAAACAUCAGGAAGUGGGACUCCAUCGGGGAGCUCUGCAGAUUCCUCAACCGGUUCCAGCAACAGUGGCAAUGUAUUUAGUUCAUCCUAUGCAAUGGAACAGGAGAAAUCCCUUCCUGGAGUAGUCAUGGCUCUCGUGUGUAAUGUGUUUGAUAUGCUUUACCAGCUUGCCAAUCUAGAGGAGCCAAGGAUAACACUGCGAGUAAGGAAACUUCUGCUCUUGAUUCCCACCGACCCAGCUAUUCAGGAGGCUCUUGAUCAGCUUGAUUCCCUGGGCAGGAAGAAAACACUGCUAUCAGAAUCAAGUUCUCAGUCUUCAAAAUCACCAUCCUUGUCUUCAAAACACCAACAUCAGCCCAGUGCUAGUUCAAUACUAGAGAGUCUUUUCAGAUCUUUUGCUCCAGGCAUGUCAACCUUCAGAGUGCUCUACAAUUUAGAGGUACUGAGCUCCAAGCUGAUGCCAACCGCAGAUGAUGAAAUGGCCAGAAACUGUGCCAAGUCUUUCUGUGAAAACUUCCUCAGAGCAGGAGGUUUGAGUUUGGUGGUGAAUGUGAUGCAGAGAGAUUCCAUCCCAUCAGAAGUAGACUAUGAAACAAGGCAGGGAGUCUAUUCCAUUUGCCUGCAACUUGCAAGGUUCUUGCUUGUUGGCCAGACAAUGCCUACCUUACUGGAUGAGGAUUUCAUUAAAGAUGGGGUAGAAGCAUUGUCCUCACGCCCCUUCCGUAAUGUCAGCCGACAAGCAAGUAGGCAGAUGUCCAUUUGUGGAACACCUGAGAAGUCAUCCUACCGACAGCUCUCUGUGUCUGAUAGAUCCUCCAUUAGGGUAGAAGAAAUCAUACCAGCAGCAAGAGUUGCCAUACAAACUAUGGAGGUGAAUGAUUUCACUUCCACGGUGGCUUGCUUCAUGCGACUCUCUUGGGCUGCUGCUGCAGGACGACUGGACCUCGUGGGAAGCAGUCAGCCGAUAAAAGAGAGCAACACUUUAUUUCCUGCUGGGAUUCGAAACAGACUUAGCAGCUCAGGAAGUAAUUGCAGUUCAGGAAGCGAAGGAGAGCCAACUGCGCUGCACGCUGGUAUCUGUGUGAGACAGCAGUCUGUAUCUACCAAAGAUGCUCUGAUUGCUGGAGAAGCCUUGUCUCUCUUAGUAACCUGCCUUCAGCUACGCAGUCAGCAACUAGGAUCUUUUUACAAUUUGCCUUGUGUUGCUGAUUUCAUCAUUGACAUACUGCUUGGAUCACCAAGUGCUGAGAUUCGUCGUGUUGCCUGUGACCAGUUGUACACCCUUAGUCAGACAGACACAUCAGCUCACCCAGACGUACAAAAGCCAAACCAGUUUCUCCUGAGUGUUGUUCUUGGUGCUCAGCUGCCCCUUUGGUCACCAACCAGCAUCAUGAGAGGAAUCAACCAGAGACUUUUGUCCCAGUGUACAGAAUAUUUUGACCUGAGAUGUCAGUUACUGGAUGACCUCACGUCAUCAGAAAUGGAACAGCUAAAGAUAAGCCCAGCUGCCAUGUUAGAAGAUGAGAUCACCUGGCUAGACAAUUUUGAACCCAACCGCACAGCUGAGUGUGAGACCAGUGAAGCUGAUAACAUCCUGUUAGCAGGACACUUGAGGCUCAUCAAGACUCUCCUUUCACUUUGUGGGGCAGAGAAGGAAAUGGUUGGUUCAUCUUUGAUUAAGCCGUUGUUGGAUGAUUUUCUCUUCAGAGCAUCCAGGAUUAUUCUGAAUAGCCAUUCUCCAGCAGGCAGUGCUGCAAUCAGUCAACAAGAUUUUCAUCCAAAGUGCAGUACAGCAGAUAGUCGAUUAGCUGCGUAUGAAGUGUUAGUAAUGCUGGCUGACAGCUCACCUUCCAAUCUCCAGCUUAUUACAAAAGAGCUGCUUUCUAUGCAUCACCAGUGUGACCCUGCACUUACCAAGGAGUUUGAUUAUCUUCCACCAGUGGAUAGUCGCUCUGUUUCAGGAUUUGUGGGACUGAAGAAUGGUGGUGCUACUUGUUACAUGAACGCCGUCUUCCAGCAGCUAUAUAUGCAGCCUGGUCUCCCAGAGGCCUUGCUUUCCAUUGAUGAUGAUACAGACAAUCCAGAUGACAAUGUGUUCUAUCAGGUUCAAUCUCUUUUUGGUCAUUUGAUGGAAAGCAAGCUACAGUAUUAUGUACCUGAGAAUUUUUGGAAGAUUUUCAAGAUGUGGAAUAAGGAACUUUAUGUUAGAGAGCAACAGGAUGCUUAUGAGUUCUUCACCAGUCUUAUAGAUCAAAUGGAUGAGUACCUCAAGAAAAUAGGAAGAGACCAAAUAUUUAAGAAUACUUUUCAAGGAAUCUUCUCUGAUCAGAAGAUCUGCAAGGACUGUCCUCACAGGUAUGAGCGCGAGGAAGCCUUCAUGGCUCUCAACCUAGGUGUGACUUCAUGUCAAAGUCUGGAAAUAUCAUUGGAUCAGUUUGUUAGAGGAGAAGUUCUGGAAGGAAGCAAUGCGUACUACUGUGAAAAGUGCAAAGAAAAGAGAACUACAGUGAAGCGCACAUGCAUUAAAGUCUUACCUAGCCUGUUGGUGAUUCACCUGAUGAGAUUUGGCUUUGAUUGGGAGAGCGGACGUUCUAUUAAAUAUGAUGAGCAAAUAAGGUUUCCCUGGAUGCUGAACAUGGAACCUUACACUGUGUCAGGGAUGGCUCGCCAGGACUCCUCCUUGGAAGUGGGGGACAACGGUAGAAACACAGAUCAAGGAGGCGGAGGCUCCCCGAGGAAGAAAGUUGCCCCUACAGAAAACUAUGAGCUUGUUGGUGUGAUUGUUCACAGUGGCCAAGCACAUGCAGGGCACUACUACUCCUUUAUAAAGGACAGGAGGGGAUGUGGAAAAGGGAAGUGGUAUAAAUUUAAUGACACCAUUGUUGAAGAAUUUGAUUUAACUGAUGAAACCUUGGAAUAUGAAUGUUUUGGUGGAGAGUAUAGACCUAAAGUCUACGAUCAAUCUAACCCUUACCCUGAUGUGCGUCGGCGCUACUGGAAUGCCUAUAUGCUGUUUUACCAGAGGGUGUCUGAUCAGAACUCUCCGGUCUUACCAAAGAAAAGUCGAGUGAGUGUUGUGCGUCAAGAAGCUGAGGACCUCUCGUUAUCUGCUCCAUCUUCACCAGAAAUUUCACCCCAGUCAUCACCUCGACCCCAUAGGCCCAACAGCGACCGCCUCUCCAUCUUGACUAAGCUGGUUCGAAAAGGAGAAAAAAAGGGACUUUUUGUGGAGAAAAUGCCUGUGCGGAUAUAUCAGAUGGUGAGAGAUGAAAACUUGAAAUUUAUGAAGAACAGAGAUGUAUACAGUAGUGACUACUUCAGUUUUGUUCUGUCACUAGCUUCACUGAAUGCU